AUGGUUGCAGUGGGUGCAAUGGUUGCAGUGGGUGCAAUGGUUGCAGUGGGUGCAAUGGUUGCAGUGGGUGCAAUGGUUGCAGUGGGUGCAAUGGUUGCAGUGGGUGCAAUGGUUGCAGUGGUUGCAAUGGUUGCAGUGGGUGCAAUGGUUGCAGUGGGUGCAAUGGUGGCAGUGGGUGCAGUGGUUGCAUUGGGUGCAAUGGUUGCAAUGGUUGCAGUGAGUGCAGCGGUUGCAAUGGGUGCAAUGGUGGCAGUGGGUACAAUGGUUGCAGAGAUUGCAAUGGUGGCAGUGGGUGCAUUGGGUGCAGUGGUUGCAAUAGGUGCAGUGAUUGCAUUGGUUGCAGUAGGUGCAUUGGGUGCAGUGGUUGUGUUGAGUUCAAUAUAA